AAUUACAUAAAUAGGGGUAAUAGACGUAGCCUCAGUAAAUUAACAUUAAAUUAAUAAGUAUUUUAUAGAAAUUAUUUAAGAAAAAACAUGUGACAGUAAGAGCCUAAUUUCCAUUAUUUGACCUAGUAGGUAAUUAAAAACUAAUAAUGAUAAAGAAGGUGUACGUAAAAGACUUGAACAAAAAGUGAUUAUAAAUUGAGGUUAGUAAAUUUGACGUACAACAAAUUCAACGUUUAUUCUCUUCAUUAAUUAACUACAUUGAGAAAAAAUAAAUUGCUUAAAGGCAUAAAAAUAUACUCAUCAUUAUGUCUCUAUUGCGGUCAGUUAUUGAAAGUAUGUUUACCCCAAGAUUAGUUAAAAUUUACGGUAAUAGUCCUUUACAAGUGGAGAGAGUGUAUGAGCCAAACUUAUUCGAGAAAUGGAGCGAUCAAAUUAUAAACUCUAUAUACAUGUUAUGGAAAUUGGGGCUGUACGGUUCUCCCCUUCUAGUAGGGUACUUUUAUCGCAAAGGAUACCUUACUUCUGACUAUUUUAUCACUCUUACCAAAUUUGUUACAAGCAUAGGUGUAAUAUUAGUAGUUUCUUUUUGUGUAAGGGGCUUUGGACGAUCUACAAAUUCUGUAUACCAGAAAUUUCUUAAGACAUUAAAGGAUGCUGAUACAGAUUUAACACCUAGCAACAAGCAGGCUCUUUCAAGAUAUGAGUUUGAUUUUUAUGCAUGGCCAGCAGAAUAUACAUGGUUUAAUAUGGAUGGUAUUGCAAAGAAGGCCCGUAGAAACAUUGUAAGACCAGUAUCUCAUAGAAAUGCAUUUCAACUCAUCUCUUCAGUACCUUGCCACAUUAUUGGAUAUCUAUCCAUUCAUACAUUUGGCAUAAGAAUGAUUUAUCCAGGAUCUCUUGGAAUAUUACAAAUGAUAUUGGGUCCUGUGCUCCUUCAAGGACGUACUAAACUUAUAGAAAGUUACAAAGGAGUAAGGAGCAAGCUAAAAACUAAAGAAAACAAUUCCAUAGACACAAUGUUUAUUGAUAGACGAAAUGAAACUGAAAACGGUAAUACUUUAGUAGUGUGUUGUGAAGGAAAUGCAGGAUUUUACGAAAUUGGUGUAAUGGGGACACCUAUUGAAGCUGGAUAUUCUGUUCUUGGAUGGAAUCAUCCAGGAUUUGCCUGCAGUACUGGGAAGCCAUAUCCAGUACAAGAGCAUAAUGCAAUAGAUAUAGUAAUGCAAUUUGCCAUUAACAAACUAGGUUUCAAAAAAGAAAAUAUUAUUCUUUUUGGAUGGAGCAUUGGAGGCUAUACAGCAACUUGGGCAGCAAUGAAUUAUCCAGAUAUUAAAGCCGUAGUUUUAGAUGCCACAUUUGAUGAUAUCCUACCAUUAGCUGUCAGUCACAUGCCCCAAUCGAUGGAAUCGAUCGUUAAAUUAGCCAUAAGAGAAUAUGUUAAUCUUAACAUUGCUGAGCAACUUCUUACAUAUCCUGGACCUGUAUUAAUUAUUAGACGCACAGAAGAUGAAGUCAUUUGUCUAGAGGAAGGUAUUUUGUCUAGUAACAGAGGAAACAAUCUGUUGAUAAAACUAUUCAAAUAUCGUUAUCCUUUGAUUAUGAAUGAUGCCCAAUUGAAGAUAUUACAAGAGUAUUUUUCUUAUACUGGUCCUAAACAAGAUGAUUUUUAUCGAAUCUCUGGAGUAAAUUCUGACUUGUGCAGGUCAUUACUGGAAUCCUAUAUAUCAGAAAAUUCAAAGUCGUAUCCCAUGAGAAUUGGAGAAGAUAUGGACGAUAACCAAAAAACUCAGAUGGUUUUAUAUUUGGCAAGAAAAUAUAUGAAAGAUUACAAGUCUACACAUUGCACCCCACUUCCGAGAGACAUGUUCCAGGCUCCUUGGGACAUAAAUAUAGUAGAAAACGAUUUUGUGUUGACAUAAAUCUCUACAUUUAAAUUAACUUGGAUUAUAUUUAUUGGUAACGUAUGGUAAAUGUAAAUAUUUUACAUUUAUGUAAUUUGGUGAUGAUACAGAUAUCUAAUUCGUUUGUUGUUUGGUAUGAAAAAUGAUAAAUAUGCGAAUAAAAAAAGUUUAAAGUU